AUGGCUUCCGCUACGGAAACUCUGAGUUCAGCGAACGACCUGCUAGCGGCCCAUAGUGCACUUGUUGGCCGAGUUCGUCAAGCACAGAAGACGCGCCGCGCACUUCUGCGAACCCUGCCAUCACCGCCUGAGACAUUACUAAACCUCACGCUUAUACCGGACCCACCACCUUCACCACCUGAAUCGCCUCCUGGGAGCCCGGUCCUACCCUCACCACAAGUACGACAUGUACGACAAGACCUACCGCCAGCAAAGCGCGCCCGGGCCAUGCACUAUAUCAACUACGUUCCGGAAGAGGAAACCAUCAGGAAUGACUAUAGCCAACGAUAUGUGGACGGUGGAGAGUGGCCGCAAGAUUGGGUUCUCGGUGCUGAACCGGAGAGGAGAUUCGAAGAAUACCCAAAGCAGCAACGCCUCCUCACCCUCAAGAAGGCGUCUGUUCUACACUGGGCCGCACCACCCCUAUAUCUUCCCAUCACAUCAUUACAAACGCUGAUGCCAGCGAAGUUCGACGCUAUCCUAAUCGACCCUCCGUUCAGCUCUUCCUUUACGUGGAACGAGUUGCAAGAGCUACCGAUACCAACUCUAGCAGCCGACCCGAGCUUUGUUUUCAUGUGGGUCGGCUCGGGAGCGGGAGACGGUCUUGAGAAAGGGCGGGAGGUACUCGCGAAAUGGGGGUAUCGCCGUUGUGAAGAUGUUACAUGGCUCAAGACGAACAAGACAACGAACAAGGGUCCUGGCACGGAUGCACCGACGACCUCACUCUUGACGCGGACAAAGCAACACUGUCUCAUCGGCAUCCGCGGCACAGUACGCAGGAGCACUGAUUCAUGGUUUGUACACUGCAACGUCGACACGGACGUGAUGAUUUGGGAAGGCGACCCAUCGGAUCCCACACGCAAACCACCAGAGAUGUACACCUUGAUCGAGAACUUCUGCCUCGGCCUCCGUCGCCUUGAGCUUUUCGCCCGCGCGUCGUGUCUUCGUCGAGGAUGGAUCUCCGCACUCAUGAUGGGCGAAGAAGAGAAGGUACCGGCGGCGAUGGCGAUGGCGCAUGAGGAGUUGGAGAUGCCCGUAAUGCAGACCGGACCGAUCCUACCUGCAGGGCUACCUCAGAAGCCGGUUGCACCUAUGUUGACGAACGGUUUCGGAGAGGAUGUGAGCAUAGCGGCUGCUCAGCGGUGGGACAGGGACGCUUGGGACGCUCGUCUUGCGGAGUGGUGUCAAGGAGAAAAAGCGGUCGUGCCCAUCACACCCGAGAUUGACCAACUCAGGCCAAAGUCGCCCGUGCGUGGCGGUGGCGGUGGCGGUGGCGGUGGCGGAGGCGGAGGCGGGGUUCCACCUGGACAAACCCCAGCGCCCGGCGCGAUGAUCCCUCCUCGCCCUCCCACGGGUAUGAUGACCCCGGCGGGCACAAUGGGUCCGAACCCAGGCGGUAUGGGCGGUGACAUGAACAUGUUCAUACCCAAUCAACAAGCAAUGUUUGCCGCGCCACAUCCUCAACAGGCCGGCAUGGUCAUGGGCGGGAUGAACAUGCCGAUGGAAGGCAUGGGCAGUAUGCAGGGCAUGGGCGGUGGUAUGGGCGGAGGGAACAUGCGUCCUGUGAAUCGGAAUAUGGGCCCGAGAGGAGGGAUGAAUAUGCCCGGCUUCAACGGGAUGCAGCCUGGAUUCAUGCCUGAUGGAAGUGGAAUGAUGAUGGGCGACAUGGGCAUGGGCAUGGGUAUGCCUGGAAAUAUGGGUGGUGCCGCUGGCAUGGGUGGCAGUACGGGAAUGGGCGCUGGGCCUAAUAUGAUGGGUGGCGGUAUGAACGGAGCAAUGAAUAUGGGUGGGCAAUGGGGCGGCCAGGGUUUCUAG